AUGAUAAACGUACUUAAUGAUGAAAAAAAGCAAUUUUUGGCUCAGAUAGAUGAACUACGACAAGAGAAUACACAACUUCGUCGUGAUCUCGAAUAUGAACAAAUGAUUAAUGGAAGAACCAUCAAUAAUCUUAGUAAUCAGGUUAAUACCCUCGAGAAUCGAGAAAACAUUUUUAUAGCCAUAUUAAACAACCGAGGUCAAGUUAUUCCAAGGUUGCGUAGACAAGAAGCUUUCAUUUAUGAGGAGGAAGAUCUUGAAGCUA